AUGGAGAUCUUGUGCAAUUAUUCUCGAAAUCCUGUUGUUGGUACGUCGAAGAAUAACGAAAAUAGUCAAUCUGAACAUGAAUCAGUUUCAAUGUCAGCUGCAGUGCAAAAUGUUUCUGCUUCUCAAGGACAGAAUUUUCAAUCCAAUGGCCCAAGUAUUCUCACCAGUUUUCACAAUGCCUAUCAACCUUUAAUCACUAAUCAAAACAGUGAAUUUCGAAAUUUGUCAGCAAACAAUUAUUUCGACUAUAUGACGCCACGCGUAUCACCGUAUCUUUUAGGGAUGCUCCAAUGCCGACCAGUUUCCUUACCACUAACCAGGAAAAUUGUAAAAGAAGGAUGGCUUAUGAAACGUGGUGAACACAUUAAAAACUGGCGCCGUAGAUAUUUCAAAUUACGAGAAGAUGGAACAUUUUACGGAUAUAAAAGUCUACCUAAAGAUGACAUGGCACAACCUUUAAACAAUUUUACUGUACGCGGUUGUCAAAUCAUUUGUUUAAAUAAACCGAAACCGUACACGUUUCUCAUUCGUGGUUUACAGUGGACUAAUGUAGUCGAACGUUUAUUCUUUGUCGAAACAGAUGUAGAACGAAAUGAUUGGCUUGGCGCAAUUCAAAGUGUAGCCAACAGACUCAGAUCGUCAUGUGAGCAACCAAUAUCUGUGCAUAAUGUAGAUUUAUCCGAUAAUGUGGUUGUUGAUAUUCCCCAAAGACCUGUGAAACGUUAUUCUGUUAAUGAUUUUCGACUUUUAAAAGUUUUGGGCAAAGGCACUUUCGGGAAAGUUAUCUUGUGUCAAGAAAAUGAAACAGGUCAAUUUUAUGCUAUGAAAAUACUAAAGAAAUCUGUACUAAUUGAAAAAGAAGAAGUUGUUCAUACAAUGACAGAAAAUCGUGUAUUACAACAAUGCAAGCAUCCAUUUAUGACUGAACUGCGUUAUUCAUUUACAACACCGAAUUGUUUAUGUUUUGUUAUGGAAUAUGUGAAUGGUGGUGAAUUAUUUUUCCACUUGCAAAGAGAUCGUGUUUUCUCAGAAGAACGAGCUAAAUUCUAUGGUGCAGAGAUCACAUUGGCAUUGGGUUACUUGCACAAUCAGAAUGUUGUUUAUAGGGAUCUUAAAUUAGAAAAUUUACUAUUGGAUAAAGAUGGGCAUAUAAAGAUAGCUGAUUUUGGCUUAUGCAAAGAAGAUAUGUACUAUGGUGCAUCAACUAAAACAUUUUGUGGUACUCCAGAAUAUUUAGCACCUGAAGUUCUGUUAGAUAGUGAUUAUGGGCGUUCAGUUGAUUGGUGGGGUCUUGGUGUAGUAAUGUAUGAAAUGAUGUGUGGACGUUUACCCUUUUAUUCUAGUGAUCAUGAAGUCUUAUUUGAAUUGAUUCUUCAAGAAAAUGUUUCAUUCCCACCUCGUCUUUCACAACCGGCUCAAGAUAUCUUAUCGAGACUUUUAAUCAAAGAUCCAACUAGUCGAUUAGGUGGUGGAAUACAGGAUGUUUUAGAAGUUAUGGCACAUUUAUUUUUUGCAACAAUUGAUUGGGAUCGUCUUAUCAGAAAAGAUAUUCAACCACCAUGGAAACCAGAUGUAGUAGAUGAAAAGGAUACAAAAUAUGUUCCAGAUGAAUAUAGAGAUUCAUCAGUAGACUUAACUUCACCAGAUGAUAUUGAUAAUAAUACUAAUAAUGGAAAUCGUAUUAUUGAUGGACCAUAUUUUGAAGAUUUCAGUUUUCAUGGUAGCCGACAAAGUCUUAAUAGCCGAUGUAAUUUUACUUUAUUGUUUAGUACUACUACUACUACUACUACUACUACUACUACUACUACUACUACUACUACUACUACUACUACCACUACUACUACUACUACUACUACUACUACUACUACUACUACUACUACUAGUAAUUAGUAAUAACUGUAGUGUUGUUGUAGUGUAUUACCAAUUUUUUUUCUCUUCAUUAGGUGAUUAUUUUAUUCUAGAGAGGAAAUGAAAAAAAAAUCUCACUCAGAACUACAUUUUCGUUUAUGGAUUAUUUUAAAAAGUUUAUUUUUAUCAAAAAUUAUGUCAAAAAAGGUCUAGAGAAUUGUUAUUAUUGAAUAUAUAUAUAUUUUUAAUCUGAAGGUGUGGUUUAUUUGCUUAAUAUGUCCAAUUGUCGAAAGAUAAGUCCUUAGUUGACAUUCUUAUCUGCUAUCUUUGAUAUGACCGACCAAGUAGUAUCUAUCAAUCAGAGUUUAUAAAACAGGUGCAACUCAUCCACUAUCCAUUACAUAAUACAUAUACGUGGUUGGAUUAUAUUACGUGUAUUUUCAAGAUUUUGUUAUGUACAUUCUUUUCUCAGAAAUAAAUCUGUUAUGCAACAUAUACAAAA